GUACACGAUGUGCGCACUCUGUACGCGGCCAGCGUCGGAGGCAAUUUCUGUAUGUACCAACUGCUCUUGCCGUGCGGACACGUGCGUUCCGGUGUGCCAGCGUCUCAAACACCACGACGGGAACCAGAGACCGUGCGUACUCGCCGGGGGAAACAAAAGAAAACAACAGCCCGUGCCGCGUACGUUCGCCAGUGGCGCAAACAGACGGUGGAGCGCGCGCGAUUCGCGGUGUGUGCGUGUGUGUUUGUCGGGGUACAGCUUAUCGGCAUAUACAAAUUCAACUGAACAGUUCGUUACACAUAAAUUAUUGCAAGUGAAAAAUUUGUGAGUGAGCUAAUGCAGUGGCAGUUAUGAAAAAAACAAGUGUAUACUAAAUCGUUAACCCCGCGUAUACUAAAGCUGUAUCCAGUGGCAGCAGCCAGCUAAAGUGUUUCCCAGUUUGAUAGCCAAAUUUACCUAUUUACUGGAGCAAAACAUAACAAGGCAAAAUAAAGGUGACAAGAUUUCUAUGACAACAACACAAAAGUUCAAAUUCUUAGUGUAAGAAGUUAAGUGUGUCUGUGUGUGAGUGUGUGAGAAGAACGCAGAAGAAGAAGCAGCUGAGCUGAGUGUUUGCAGAAUUGAUUGCAUCUUGUCCGCAGUACGCAGUCCAGUAUCUCAUAAGAAUCCGUCCCUACCCGACUUGCAACCGAAAGCAUCCAUUGGAAGGACUCUUUUGAGCCUUCGCGACGGCAUGAUGGUACUGAUGGCCUGCGAGACUUCAACUCCCUAGGCGAACGAGCUGCAGCAGAUCAUGCUACUUCUCUACACUCAUCUCACCUGCUACGCGUAAUUUACACUGUAGUGCAUCAAAGUGUACGGGAAAAUCCUCUCACGGGGAGUCAGCUUUUGUUUCUUUUUUUCUUAAUUUUCCUCGCCCCUGUUCGGUUUCGGAUCCGCGCAUUACAUUGAACCGAGGUACGAUUAAUACCCAGCAACCGAGCGACAGUAGCGGUAAAGCAAAGGCUCGAUCGAUGCAUUGAAUGACGACAGCAACCGUCGUAGCCCAGCAGAGUGAGAACUUUGGACGGUUCCCUGCAGCAAGCUGCAACAGCAGCGCCGGCACCACGGCUUCGACCGUCGCAGCACCCGGGACGCAGCUCAGGAUGAACGACACGCACCAACCGCAACCGUUGCACACGAACGAUACUAGCCCCCGCGACCAAAACACCAACGGCACGACCAGCACGGGCGGCGGACUGGCCGUGGCCAACCUAGCGCUGCACGGUGGCGCCCCGGGCCCCCUCAACGCUAACUCGAACGGCAGCACCACCAGCAACGGUUCCGGCGCGAACAACAAUAACAACAACAACAACGGUACCAGCAAAAGCCGCGCCAUGUCGCUGAGCGACGGCAAAAUCGAUCACCUGCUGCGGGAUCAGCAGCGCGAACAGCAACGAGAGCAGCAUCAGUCGUCGCACCAUCAGCAAUCCUCACAGCAGCAACACCACCAACAGCAUCCACUGCAGAACCGGCUGCGCGGUGUAUCGCCCACACCCUCGGAACAGCAGUACGCCCUCAAAUGGAACGACUUCCAGUCGUCGAUCCUGUCCUCCUUCCGGCAUCUGCGCGACGAGGAAGACUUCGUCGAUGUGACCAUUGCCUGCGAUUCGCGAUCCUUCACGGCACACAAGGUGGUGCUAAGCGCGUGUAGUCCCUACUUUCGCAAGCUACUGAAAGCAAAUCCCUGCGAGCACCCGAUUGUCAUCCUGCGUGACGUACGCUCGGAGGAUAUCGAAAAUUUGCUGCGAUUUAUGUACAACGGUGAGGUACACAUCGGCCAGGAUCAAUUAAGCGAUUUCCUCAAAACGGCCCAGUUGCUGCAAGUGCGCGGUCUGGCAGAUGUUACAACCGGCAACCCGACCGGCGGACGAACGUCGGCCAACUCGUCCAUGCUGAACUCAUCAUUAUCGACACCUGCCGUUCAGGAACUGAAGGCAUCACCCACCUCCACCUCGUUACCAUGGGAGCUGCCGGAUGACAACAAUCCAGCGCCACCGCCCCAGAAGCGUACCAAGAGCUCGGAGCUGUACCGCAAACAGCACGGACUCAGCCCGGACGACCCGAUCCCGCUCGAUCUGCUGCCGAUUGGGCAGCAUCCGCUAACGCGCGAGCGCGAUCGCUCCAAGGACAAGAGCAAGGACCAUCACCAUCGCGGUUCCUCCGAACACGACCUGCACCAUCACCACCAUCAUCGCGAGCGGGACCGAAGCCUGGAGCUGCGCGAAUCCCUGCUCGGCCAAGCGCUUGAAGGAGGACCCACACUAACCGUACCUUCGAAACAUCCCGAUCUGCUUUCGCUCCAGGCCGCGGCCAGUGGUGAAGAUUCGAACAGCAGCGAUACCGCUGCCUCCGACCAUGGUGACGAUAUCGAGGGUCUGAAUGGCAAUAUCGAACACACCCGACCGUCGUUCCCGUUCCUAGGUUUGCAGGGCAUCCCCGGACUAAUACCGGGACCGUCCGGCAUGCACGGUGACAACUUCGUUUCUCGCCGUUCCUUAGAAAUGCGCGUUCGUGCCACUGAUCCCCGACCCUGCCCGAAGUGCGGUAAGAUCUACCGUUCGGCUCACACGCUGCGUACCCAUCUGGAGGACAAGCACACGGUCUGCCCCGGCUACCGGUGUGUGCUGUGCGGUACGGUCGCUAAAUCCCGCAACUCGCUACACUCGCACAUGUCCCGCCAGCAUCGUGGUAUCUCGACCAAGGAUCUGCCCGUACUGCCGAUGCCGAGCCCGUUCGAUCCGGAGCUAGCGUCACGCUUGCUGGCCAAGGCGGGAGUUAAGAUUUCACCGGCCGAGUUGCGUGCCCGUGCAUCACCAACCGGGACGCGCCGUAACGAUGGUAUGAAGCUGGAGCUACGAUCGGGUGACGGUGGAGAGGACUUUGAUGACCCGGAAGAUUUGACCAUGUCCCAGAGCAGUCACAGUGAGUCGCAGAGACGCUUCCACGAGAGUAUGAUGGGCAUGUCACCAACCGGCUUCAACCACUUGAACUCAACCACCAUAACGCGUGUGCGACCAGGCGAAGGUACUCCAAAGCUGAGCCUUGAUGGAUUGGGACGUGACGGAGGCAAUGGAAACGGUGGACCGGGCAACGUAGGACCGGGUGGUAAUGGAAACGGCGGAGGUAACGGUAUGGGUGGACCGGAUCGUCACGGAGGUGGUGGUCCCGGUGGCCCGAUGAACCACAUGCAAUCGAACACCCCGACAGGAUCGGCCAUCUUGGACACUUAUUUGCAAUUUAUUACCGAGAAUGCAUUUGGUAUGAGUGGUAUGACCCAGGAGCAAGCUGCUGCAGCUGCCCUGCAAGCCGCCAAGAUUGCCCACCUCAAAACGCUCGGUCACAAUCUCGAUCAGCUACCGCCGGGCUUCCUACCUCCACAGCUCGAUCUAGCCAAGCUAACCAGCAACAACAACCAGAACAAUCCGGACCUAUCGUCUUUGGCUAAGCUACAGUCGUCUCCUAACGUUACGAUCGAACCGACCGGCACGGGGAACCGAAACAAUGACACCGAUCGUCUACUACAGACGAGCAAUCAUCAGAAACUGCUCGCGCUAGCGGCGAGUGGUGCUGGCGGCGGUCCCGGAGGCAAUGCUGGCAAUCAUGGGCUCAACAACAACAACAGCAUACUGAACAGUGAUGCUAUCCGGCGUGGUGGAUCCUCCGAACCGAUGGAUCUGGGGCUAGAGGGUUCCGGAGCACACGAUGACGAUGGCAACAGUUCGGCUGACGAGCGCAACUACUCGGACGAUGAAAGCAUCGCAACGCAUUAGGCACCGUUACAGCAGAAGAAAAAAAAACGAUUCACUUAUGCCAUUUACUAUACACAAACACACAGCGCGAGAUGCGGAAAGAAGCAAAACCACCGUUGUGAGUCCGGAAAAAGAAAAGAUGGGACGCAUUUUACCACUUCACCUGUAGCGUCUUCGCUCCUUCGGCCGUGUAUACUGCGUGCGGACGCGCGGAACAUCACACCGAACACGCGUUCCCUGUCCGAGAAAUUCAUUGUGCCAUCGUGUUUAAGCUAUAUAGGAACAGCGGCGCGCCCGAGUCGAUCAUGCAAGGUAACAACAUCCUUGCAAAAGCGACGCAAAACCCUCCGCAGAGGGUACAGAAAACCGGAAAACCGGGGCCGAUGUGUGAAAAGUAUGACAACCUCCUCAGACAACAUGCGGUUUCCUUCCCCAGUUUUUGCGAGAAAGAUGAGUAGCGCGUUUCCUACUUAGUUCCCGAAUGUUUUCUAACUAUACAACUAUACAGAUAUAGAAGAUAUACAUUUAAUUUGUUUUUAGAGGGAGCGAGAGAAUCAUUGGAACAAAUCGUACAUACCGGGUUCAAAUUAGUGCGUAAGGCUAUAUAUAUAGGCAGAUUGAACGGUCGGUGAAGGUUGUGGGGCCGCAAAAUACCACGCAAAAAACCUGCAAAGCAAAACCAGUAACAGAAAUACCUCAUGACUAUAAGCAACAGUCACCUCAAGCUCUAGUUAUCCUUGUAAGCACGAUAUACGAUUGCAAUUAAACUGCAUUUUUGUGUUUGUGUCUGCCGCUCGCUUAGUGCUCGGGCAUCUCCAAGCAAAACAUCCAAGUCUACCUCAGAGCCAGGAUACGCUCGACCAGCAGGACACUUAACCGUUUUUACCUCUGAAUAUGCUAGUGAAGUAUAAAUAUGAUACGAUUUUUUUAAACUACUGAUCACCCUAAACCUUACCUGAACUAGGAUGCCCGCACGCACGGGUGAUACUAAGAUACUAAGCGAAGAACCUAACCUAAGUAUACUACUACUCAGCGUAUACGUCUUACGAUCGCUUCCCUUCCGCUUUUUGUCGUACCUCUUUCAUCCUCUACACAUGACACUACGACCACCAUGAUAUACGAUUUUGUAUAACGACUACACAAACACACACAGUCCGUGAGUGUGUGUGUGUCCGAAAGCAAUCAGAACAGCCAUAACACAUACCGGAAUACGAAAUAUCAAACAACGCAAACGAAUGUAUACUGAUGAAAACCACUUGUUUAGUAGUGUACGAGAGGAAGGACACUCUUCUGACGCAGUUUUAGUCCUUCUUCUCGCUUUAACAAAGUUUUGUUUUGGAUGCUAGUACUCUAGAAGACGAGCUCGUUAUACGAAAAAUUUGGUUUGUCGUCCUCGGGUUUGAGAGACUCCGACUCCAACCAUCCAACCAACCACAUAUACGAAACACUGUUAUACGAAUCUCUCCUUAUUGAUGCACGAUUUCAAAAGGGUCCUCGAAAAAUCCGGGAGGCCAAUAUCAUUAGUUCGUAGGGUAGGAUGGGUAACCAAACAAAAAUACCAACAUCACCAGCCCCGAAACAGCAAACCCGAAAUACGACAGCAGCUAUACGACAAACCCCCGAUACCGAUCGAUACGAAAUGGAAUAGUAAGCGGAGUAGCGGUGGGACGCUACGGCAACUCUGGCGGCUGCUGCUUAUUAACGUAUACGUCUACAAACGCAAACCGCUGUAUACUGAACGGUGUGGCACACGAAGCUGCACACGGUUACGAUUUAUCAUGGAAACUUUGCAAUAUCACUCGUAGUAUACUCUAUUCUAACGACACUUCCCUGGAAGCCACGAUUACUAAAACAGCAAUCAGAAAGUACAAUGAAACGUCGGAUCCGCUUCCGGUCUCGUUUUUUUUUCUCUCUAAAUGUCCCAGCUAAAAGAAGCCUGCCAGGCGUAUGGGACACACCGUUUUCUACCUCAUCGCAGGCGACGUUAAAUGUGAAUGGUUCGGUCGCAAGUAGUAGUGUUAGUAACUCUAUUAGUAUAUACCAUCCUAGGAUCCAUUCACUACCAGCUGUGUAAUAUGGCUUAGAAAAGGGAGCAACAUCCUUAGUCGGUUAGUCAUGUAAGAGGAAGGAUCUGAAGCUGAAUCUACCACUGACUUACCUCUUCCUGCAGCGUGUAGUAAUAGCUAAUGGCAAUUAACAUACCUCCAUGCAUAAGUAUUUAGUACCAAGCAAACUCUCUCAGGGCGAUAACUGCAAGAAGAAGCAGAAGUGGAAGAACAAUUUAAUCUUAAGACACCAGAAUCUUGCUUGGGUUUGUGCUGUUUUCCCCCCCUCUUCUCAACUUAUUUUAGUAAUAACAAGCAUAUAUUACCACAAGACAGAAGAAAACACAACACAACAACCAGAGUGCAACAGAAAACGGGUAAACGAGUAAUUUAUAAGAAGUUAUACAGUUCUAACAAGUGCUGGUUAAGUUUUGACACUUUUUGUUUUUCUUGUAAGCAAUAUUUUCAUAGAUUUUUUUUUUUGUUUCAUUUUUGUUGCGUUUCUCUUACCAACUUCCAACUGAAACAGUCACAACAAACAAAUGCCAUCAGUUUUUACUACUGGUAUCGCAAACAAAUAUACCUCAACUGUUACUAGCAUGCAGAAAGAAUGUUUAAAGAGAGAGAGAGAGAAUUAUGUAAUAUAUAUAAAAUAAUAUUAAACACAUACACACACGUAUGAUUAGUGUUAGCGUGAGAAAGUGGAAACAGUUAAAGUAAGAAAGUAGAGUAGACAAAAUGUUAAUAGCACAAGAACACAGUUUAAGAACGAGUACUUAUGGUAGAGUGUUGGAGUGUGUGUGUGUGCUAUAAAAACCCAUGAAUAUGCCGAUUGCAUCGGGAAAAACUGGCACAGAAACACACAAACUUGCGUUAAGAGGUUGUAAAUAGUAUUGCAAGAAAGGAAAGGAAACAAGCAUUUAAAAUUUAAGGCAAUGAUGGAAAACUCCCAAAACUGAAGCUGAAUCUCUGAGCUGAGCCGAUCACGAUCACGAAUCUGAUAUUAGAUAAGCUAAUGCGAGCGUGUGUGAGUGAUAUCGCAAAUCGCGCGCAUUUCGGUCCCGUACGGACAAAGGAUUCCGUCGUACUGCAAACGGCAACAAGUGACGAACCUUCGCCGGGUGUCGAUGCGGAUUUUUUUUGAUUUUGUAUUUUUUUACAUAAUUUUGCUUCUCGUCCUAUAAAUUUAAAUGAGAGGGUUUAAACAUCAAUCAAAAUUAAAUAUUAGUUGACUUUAUUGCCUAUCCAGGUUAGGGGGUUAGGCCUCCAUAAAAAAAAUCAAAUCGUCCAUAGCGAUGUAAAAAACGCGUCGAGCGAUAGGGUAAUAGGAAAUAUUGAAAAUUCAAUGAAUUUUUAGGUUCGAUGUAAGAGAGAUGGGGAAUUCAAAACGGUGUUAUAAAUUACAGUUUCGUUUUACGUACGUACUUAACCCUCCCCCAGUUGCGACGUUCGUUCAUUUUUUUUUUCUUCUAUAAGCUCCGUGUUUUGGUGACGUUUGCCUUUUAAUUUUCAAUUUAAAAACAAAUCCUCCUAAGCUAUCUUACUUGUUAUUUAUCAUCGGUGUUGCUUAUUGAUCGUUACACACAAAACAAAGCGAAAGCAAAACACACUUGGCGUCUUGGCGUAGGUUUAGACAAGCUCGUUAAGAUUAAUGCAAGCAAAACAGUGCGAGCUUUGCCGAUUGCUAGAUAAAGGAAUCAUUCUUAGAGAAAAGAAAAACCGCAAAAACGAUAUAUAAGAGAUAUUGAUACAGUGCAAAAUGGUAGCGAAAUAGUAGCAAACAACAAAAGCUAAAACAGUCUUUGUCCACGCUUUGUCUAUUUGCAAGAUUAAAAAUUGAUAAAAUGAAAAGUGGAAGAGUUAAAAUUUAUACUUAUACGGGAGAUGGAAUUGGAAGCGAAACCUUGUGCAUGUUUCAGCGUAAUAAUUUGUUAACCUACAUGAUGAAACCAGAAAUUAUGAACCUCCCAGUCAGAGUAAAUUAAUUCGCGUGGUGAAGUGGAAGCGUUCGAACAAAAGUAGAUAAGCAAACAUUAAACAGCACUGGGCAAUGGAUAGGAAUAUUAAAUACAAAAUAAGCAAAGCGGAAGCGGAUAAGAAAUGUGAAACAUGUAAAACCACAUUGCGAAACAGUGAAAUUGAAAGUGAGAGAAUGGAAAAGAAAGAGAGAGAGAGAUUCUAGACACACGUUACGCCGGUAUUAGUAAUUCAUACUCUGCCCCCCCACUUUUUUGUCUCAUUAACUGUAAGUACUCUAUGCUAUUAUUGAACAUUGUUCGUUCUUUUUUAAGUUUUUUUGUACACUUUUUUCUUUGUAAGGUAUCGUUUUUUUUCGGCGGAAAAUAUAUAUUUAAAAAUUA